UGGAGCGUUGUGGUGUGACGGUUGCAGCGUCUUUUGCAUGUUAUGAGGUUUUAUCUUCUUCUGAAAGCAGCUCAUUUCCAUAACGCCUUGAGACCUCUUGAAGCACCGCUCCAAGCUUGGUAUCCCUUGAGCUCAUUUCAAAAUGGAAAAGCCCAAGUUCUCUCUUUCCACCCUGAAGAGCACCCGGAGUGCCCUGCACAUGCUGCAGAUCGUGAUGUGCGCGGUGACGUUUGCGGUGAGCUGCGUCUGGGAUCGGUCGUUUCACACCUACUGGAUCUACUGCAUGCUGGUGUGGGGUCUGUGUCCCAUCAUCUCGCUGGUCAUCACCAUAGUGGAGGUGUUCCUCAUCCACAAGCUGAUCCUGGUGUUCUGCAUGGACUGGGACGACUUCACGACCGGGAUGGCCAUGAUGGCGUCGCUCUGCACGUUCUCCUGCACGGCGAUGUUCGCCAACUUCUACAUCUGCCAGAAGUGCAUCUGGGGCUGGAUGGUCACCAUCCUCUCGGCCGUGUGUUGUGUGCUUUACUGCGUGGAGACGUUCAGGGACAAAUGUGAUGCGACACGCUCUGCGACGUACGUUUCUGUGCUUCCAGGCUUCAUUAAGAUUCUCGAGGCUUUCGUUGCAUGCAUCAUCCUCAUAUCCCUGAUCGGUUACAUGGGUCAGCCGGCUCUGCUGUGGUGCAUCGUGGCCUACGCGGUUCCUUUGCCUCUAACCCUCCUGACCAUCAUCGUCAACAUCUUGACCAAGUUAAAGAACUGUCUGCCCUUCAGCAUUGAUUGUUUCACCAUGCUGUUGCUGUUAAUAUCAGUGCUGCUUUACAUCUCUGCCGCUAUCCUCUGGCCCAUCUACAGCUUCAGAGGAAACCCGCGGCCCCAAGACUGUCCGGGAAACAGCUGUAUAUGGAGCAUCCAGUUUGUUGUGACCUUCAUGACCUACGUUAACCUCGGCCUGUACGUGGCUGACCUGGUCUUGACCUGCUUGGGUAUCUGUGGAUUCAAACGCUCUCAAUAGCAUCAGAACUUAAAAACAAAGGUUGCAAAAGGGUUAACAAACCAUUUCUGAUUCACCAAAGAACUUCCAGAAAACAGUUCUUCAAAGAACACUUUUCUCUUAAUGUGAAGAACAUUUUAAUAAUCUAGAACCUUUUUUGUUUCACAGUAAAGGUUUAAAAGAUGGUGAAUGUUUUCCGUCAAUGCCAAUUUCAAGAUCCUGUUCACUGUUAUUAUUGUUUCUAUAUAGUUACUGGAAAUGUUUA